AUGUCACGUACAGUUCCUCACACUAGCUCAGUGCCAUCUGGCAGCAAAGAGUCAUUCCAGGGUUGGGUAUGGUGGAAGGUUGCCGGUGAGGGCAGUGAAAAGGAAAGCGAGUAUUUCCAUGGUGAUUUUGUCUACUGGAUGGACAACUCCAAGUUAGGUGAGGACCUGGACUUUGCCAACACCCUGGUGCAGAAAGCGGGGAAGGGCAAAAUAACCCAUAUUGGGCCCAAACUACCACCUUUCAAUGAGGAGAAAGUGACCCUGGAGGUCUACUGGGAUGCUACUAUCCCAGCCAUUGCUAACAGGAUUUCGGAGGAACUCCACCAACACCUCCUUUCAUCUUUGAAAGUCUACCCUCAUGAGCUGAUCCGGCUCAAAGGGAUCACUGUUGUUAGGCCUUCUGUGGACAUAAAGUAUUCAUGUCCUGUGAUAAAUUCUGUUUUUGACGAAGCUGCCUUCUCUGCAGCUGCAGCUGGGGAUGUUGUUCCCGAUUUUUAUGAGGGUUGUUAG